CUUGUGAAAGUGUUGAUCGAAUGUCACCGCGUAGAAUUUUCGUUUUGUGAAUUAAUUAUUAUGUUUCAUUGUUUCAGUGAUUAUUUUCAUUGAAGUUGCUGCAGAUUAAAUCACAAAAUAUCUUAUGUUUAACAGAUCUACGGAGUUUCUAAAAAAAAAUGAUUGAAUCCGAUCAAAGCGACAAAGAAACGUUUGAUGAUUCCUUAAGUAUCAAUGAACAUCCACAAAAGAGACCACGGGAUGAAAGUUCAGAGGAUGAAAAGCUAUCUUCUAAAAAGUUAAUGAAAUUUGAUGAAAUUCAAUCUGAAGAAGAGAAAUCUGAAUGUAAUUCAGGAGUAAAUGGUAGUAGCAUUGAGAAUGUAAAAGAAGAUAUAAAAAAUAUAAAUACUUCCAACAACACGGAUGGUGCAGAAUGUGUAUCUAUGUCAGAAGAAAAUACAAACAAUGAUCCAACAACAAUUGGUGAUAUAGAGUUUAAGAUUAAAAGUGAAGAAAUUGAUACAAUAAAAACUCAGGCUGAUGAUUCAAUAGACAUUGAGCAGAAGGAGGGAAAAUUAAAGAGGCAGGAACCACAGGGGGAGGAGGAAGAAAAUAAUAUUCAACAGAAAAAAAGACUGAGUAAAUCCCAAACAGAUGAUGCAGAAGUAGUGGAGGGUUUAGAACUUUCAGUAGAAUGUGCUAGUGACAAGGAGUCUUCGAGUUCUUCAGAAUCUGAAAAUGAAAACGAAAGAAAACCUAAACGGAAGACAAUAAUUGUUAAAGCUGAACCUAAUGAUUCAGAACUAGAUGUUAGUUCUUCUGAAACAGAGAAGUCAGAUUCGCAAAAUGUAUCUGAAAUCAAAUUGAAGGAAAUUGUAAAGAAAGGAAAGAAGAAGGCUCGAACUUCUUUUAGCAAACCACAAGACAGCGAUUCUGAAGAAAAUGAAAAUGUUUCCGACGAAGAUUAUAGUCCUCGAACGAAAAGAAAACUUAAGAAAAAAGUGGUAAAGAAAAGAAUUUCGAAAUCAUCCUCCGAAUUAAAAAGAAAUCAUGCUAAACCAAAAAAAGUACCCAAGAAAUUAAACAAAGAAGAGAUGGAUGACAAAAUUUCUGAUAAAACAGAUGAUAAAAAGUCGGACGAAAUUUCAAGCAGUAAAUCCCAGGACAGUGAUUCAGAAGAAAAUGGUAAUGUCUCCGACAAAGAUUCUAGUCCUCGAACUAAAAGAAAACUUAAGAAAAGAGUGGCAACAAAAAGAGUUUCACAAUCACCCUCAGAAUUGAAAGGAAAUCAUGGUAAAGCAAACAAAAUGCCACAAAAAUCAGACGUAGAGGAGGAGGAUGAUGAAAAUUCUGAUAAAGUGGAUGAUAAAAAAUCAGACGAAGUUUCAAGCAGUAAAUCAGAAGGCAGUGAUUCCGAAGAAAAUGAUGAUAAAAAGUCGGACGAAAUUUCAAGCAGUAAAUCCCAGGACAGUGAUUCAGAAGAAAAUGGUAAUGUCUCCGACAAAGAUUCUAGUCCUCGAACUAAAAGAAAACUUAAGAAAAGAGUGGCAACAAAAAGAGUUUCACAAUCACCCUCAGAAUUGAAAGGAAAUCAUGGUAAAGCAAACAAAAUGCCACAAAAAUCAGACGUAGAGGAGGAGGAUGAUGAAAAUUCUGAUAAAGUGGAUGAUAAAAAAUCAGACGAAGUUUCAAGCAGUAAAUCAGAAGGCAGUGAUUCCGAAGAAAAUGGUAAUGUCUCUGAUAAAGAUUCUAGUCCUCGAACGAAAAGAAAACUUAAGAAAACAGUGGUAAAGAAAAGAAUUUCGAAAUCAUCCUCCGAAUUAAAAAGAAAUCAUGCUAAACCAAAAAAAGUACCCAAGAAAUUAAACAAAGAAGAGAUGGAUGACAAAAUUUCUGAUAAAACAGAUGAUAAAAAGUCGGACGAAAUUUCAAGCAGUAAAUCCCAGGACAGUGAUUCAGAAGAAAAUGGUAAUGUCUCCGACAAAGAUUCUAGUCCUCGAACUAAAAGAAAACUUAAGAAAAGAGUGGCAAGAAAAAGAGUUUCAAAAUCACCCUCAGAAUUGAAAGGAAAUCAUGGCAAAGCAAACAAAAUGUCACAAAAAUCAGACGUAGAGGAGGAGGAUGAUGAAAAUUCUGAUAAAGUGGAUGAUAAAAAAUCAGACGAAGUUUCAAGCAGUAAAUCAGAAGGCAGUGAUUCCGAAGAAAAUGGUAAUGUCUCUGAUAAAGAUUCUAGUCCGCGAACUAAAAGAAAACUUAAGAAAACAGUGGCAAAAAGAAGAAUUUCAAAAUCACCCUCAGAAUUGAAAGGAAAUCAUGGCAAAGCAAACAAAAUGCCACAAAAAUCAGACGUAGAGGAGGAGGAUGACAACAAUGACAAAAGUUCUAAUAAAGCAGAUGAUAGAAGAUCUGAGGACGUUUCAAGUAGUAAACCACACGAUAGUGAUUCCGAAGAAAAUGAGAAGGUUUCAAACGAAAAUCGUAGUCCUCGAACUGAAAGAGAACUUAAAAAAACAGUAACCAACAGAAAAGUUUCAAAAUCAUCCUCCGAAUUGAAAGGAAAUCGCGAUAAACCAAAAAAAGAGACUCAGAAAUCAGACGAAGAAGAGGAGGAUGACGACGACGUUGAAAGUUCUGAUGAAGAAAGUGACAAAAAAUCUGAUAAUGUUUUAAGUGCUAAGAAAAUUAGCUCAAGCGAGAAAAGAAUAGAAAUAUUAAAAAAGUACAUUAGAACGGCUGGAAUACGCGUUAAAUCUUAUAGCACUAUCUGGGUGGGAUGCAAAUCCAAUACUGCAAAAAUAAAGUGUCUCCAGAAAUUGCUUGAAAAUAAUGGAAUCACUGGGAAACCAACUUUAGAAAAGUGUAAAAAGGCUAAGGACAGAAACGAGAGACUCAAAGAUAUAGCUGAAUUGAAUACAAGCAAUAUUAUAUCAGAAGGACGCGUCACUCGUGCUCAGAGAAAGAGAGAAGAGAUUCCUUCAGAACAUCGUGAAGCACGCAGCAGCUUUAAGAGAAUUUUAAGUGUUGUCGAUAGUGAUUCAGAGUGA